AUGGAAAACGUUGAUCGGAUCACAUUGCUAAACGAUAUUGAUGUUCUUACCACAAACUACACUAUCAAGGUUAAAAUUGUUAGUUUGUGGAGGAAGAAAAUGAGGGAUAAUGAAAGGGAGACAUAUCGGAUAGAUAUGAUACUGAUGGAUGAAAAGGGUAGCAAAAUUCAAGCUUCUUGCAUGCACAAGCUAUUUUCAAAAUUUGAGAGGCAUCUUAAUGUUGAUGAAUGCCUUAUCAUUAAACGGCCAUCUCUUGCUGCUAACACAGCAUCUUUCAAGAUUGUUCCUAACAACCAGAAGCUAACUUUUUAUUAUCAUACCUUUGUCGAAAAGUGCAAUGUAUGGGACGGUCCGCAAUACGUUUUCAAUUUUGUUGAGUUUAAUGAUGUUCUUUCAAUGAAAAUAAAAGAGGGUACGACAGUAGAUUUUUUUUUUGUAUAUGAUGUUAUAUCAUUAUUUGAUUUUUUUGUUGAUUUCAUUGGCUAUGUUGGUGUUUGUUAUAACAUUGAGGAUACUAACAAGAAGGAUGGUAGCAAAGGGAAACGUCUUAAUCUUAAGCUUCAAGAUCUUGAAGAUGUUCAGAUUGAUUUAACUCUUUGGGACGAUCACGCUAAGGACAUGUAUUCUUACAUGAUCAGCGAAAAGCGUGAAGCACAUGUUGUCGUUGUUGUCCAUUUCGGUGCAGUUAAAUCAUACAAAGGCAAAUGGGGAUUAUCCAAUAACUUUGAUGGUUCAAGAGUUUUCAUUAACGACAACUUUGAUGACAUGCUAUUGUUCAAGCAAAAGUUUCUUGCUAAACUUUCUGCUUCAAGUGAGUCAAGUAGCCAUGCUGGGUCAUAUAUGAUGUGUUCUGUCGAAGAUGAAUUUUUAAAGAAUGAUGUUUUUUCACCACUUGCUUACCUUCCAUCAAUCUUAGAGCCAAAGAAAGUUGUUGUUGUUGGAACUAUUGUGGCAAUCGUUUCUGAUAAGAUGUGGUAUUAUGAUGGUUGUAACUAUUGCAAGUCAAAAGUUGAGAAAAAGUUUGAAACCUAUGAUAAAGAUGAUGGAACAAGUGAUGUUAGAGAUACGCAGUUGUAUCAAUGUUCUAACAAGGAUUGUAAUGGAAAAGAGGUUUUCCCGAUGUCCAGGUUCAAAAUACCGGUUCGCGUUCAAGAUUCAACUGGAACUGUGACGCUUACAUUAUUUGACCAUGAGGCGAUGAAGUUUGUUCGGAAAACUGCAAAGGAGCUUAUUCAAAUUCAGGACGAGUUAUUGCAAACUAAUGAUUUCCCAAGAGAAUAUCCCGUUGAAUUUGAAGAGUUGCUUAAUCAAAAGUGUGCUUUUGUGAUUAAAGUAACUGACUUUAAUAUUGCAAAUGGUGUCGAGAAUUAUGGAAUAUCAAUUGAUGCUUAUGAAACUUUUGGUAUGAGUCAGUAUGAGUUGCAAACUUCUGGUGCUGAAGGUUUGAAGGAUGCCGAUUCUUACACUGGGGAUAACACCACACCUAUUUCAAAGGAUUAUGCGGUUGACUUGAAACAAUCAUCCUCUGACAUGAAGCGUAACCUUGAUGAUGUUUAUUUGAAUGAAGUUGGAUUGGCGUCCUCAGCAAUUCUUUCUAUUGUUUUAAAAAUGCAUAAUAGGUUUGAACAACUUAAGUCGUAUUAUUCAGAACGUCCACAUAUUGACCUUGAAAAUAAAUCUGAGCAAGCUAAAUGUAGGCGUUCGUUAAGAAAGCUAUAUAUUGAUAAUAAGAGAUCAAAUGCAGCUGCUUUUCCGGAAUAUGUUGUCAGAGCUUUAGAGGCUAAACACAGGCGCAAGUUAAGAAAAUUAUACCUUGAUCGUAAGAGAUCAAAUGUUACAAAGAAAUUAAUUUCUAGAGGUGGUACUUCAACAUUGUCAUCAUCAACACCAAUCCGGUUAAAUAACAAAGAGAAUUUUACUCCCAAUAUUUCAAACAUCACCUUUCCUACCGAAUCUUCAACUGCUUUUGGGACAAGUAAUCAUUUAAAUUCGUCCUUUAAUGUAAGAUCAUCCGUUAUUACACAAUCAACUUUCAAGAAGAAAGGAAAUGUACUACACGAUCAGUUUUCAACACCCAUCCGUACACCACUUGCAAACCUAUCAAACACAAUGCCAGACAAUAUUGCAAGCUCAUCAACGUUACCAUUGAAUGAUUGCUUUUCUCUUCAUCCUAGAAUAUCCAAUAAACGUAACACAACUUUUUUGUCAUCUGAAUUAAGCUCGAUAAAAAAGAUGUCUUCUGGAAAGCGUAGACUUAUUCAUAAACCAAUUGAAAUACAACCCAUACCAAUGGCUGCUCUUGACUCUGAUGAUGAAAAUCACGUUAACGAGGUUGUGUUAGACGCCACAAAAGGCGUUUCUAAAGAUUACGUUGACCAUGGUGACCAAACUCUUACGUGUGGUUUAUGCUUUGCAAACUUAUGGCCAACCGAAGGUGGAAAGGGUCGCAUUACACUUCAAAAGCAAACAUAUAGCUUAUGUUGUGGAUAUGGUAAAGUUGAUUUGCCUGAAUAUAAAGAUUCUGAUCCAUCUUAUCAGAUGCUUUUUCGCGGUUUAGAUCAGGAAAGCAAAUAUUUCUUAAAGAACAUAAGACGUUACAAUUCUAUGUUUUCCUUUACUUCGAUGGGAGGAAAAGUUGAUACUAAAAUAAACAAAGGUAAUGCUCCAUUUGUUUAUAGAAUCAGUGGCCAGAAUGCACAUAGUAUGGGUAGUCUUCUUCCUAAGCAUGGAGCCCAGCCAAAAUUUUCACAGCUUUAUAUCUAUGAUACUGAGAAUGAGCUUACUAAUAGGGAGUUGUUAUUUAGUGAUUCUUCAAGCAAAGCUUCGAUUAGGGCAAAGGAACUUGAUGUGAAGUUUAUAAAGUAUAUUACGAACAUGUUAGAUUCUACGAAUAUGUUGGUUAAAACUUACAGGAUGGUACGAGACCAUCUCCAUGACAAUCCUAAUGUUACUCUUAAACUUCGUAUAAUCUCACAGAGGGAUAGAGACGGUAGGACUUACAAUUUACCUACGUGUUCUGAAGUUGCUGCUUUGAUAGUUGAUGAACCUGAUCUCCAGAUUGAAAGCCGUGAUAUUAUUGUUGAAAUGCGUUCUGGAGAACUAAAGCGUAUUAGCGAGUUACAUCCUUCUUAUCUUGCUCUACAGUAUCCAAUUCUUUUUCCAUAUGGAGACGAUGGAUAUAGGAUUAACAUUCCUCAUAGAGAAUUUGGUCCUAAUUCAAAGAAGACAAGACCAACUUGUACUAUGAGGGAGUUCUUUGCUUAUAGAAUUCAGGAUAGGCAUAACAAGUUUUCUCUAAUUCUUAAUGCAAGAAGGUUGUUUCAGCAGUUUUUAGUCGAUGCAUACACAAUGAUUGAGAGUGAGAGGCUAAACUACAUACGUUUUCAGCAAAUCAAACUUCGAUCUGAUUCGCUAAACAGUCUUAAAAAUGUUCAAGACGUUGGUCAGAGUGAUUUGAGUCAUACGGGACAACCUGUUAUAUUACCUUCAUCUUUUACGGGUGGUUCUCGAUACAUGAUGCAAAAUUACUUAGAUGCUAUGGCGUUAUGUCGGAAGUAUGGUUAUCCUGAUUUCUUUAUCACAAUCACAUGUAAUCCGAAAUGGCCUGAGAUUGUAAGAUUUCUAGGUGACUCUUCAAUUAAGCCUGAAGACAGACCUGACAUACUUUGUCGAUUGUUUAAGAUGAAACUUGAUGAAUUGAUAAAAGAUAUGAAGCAAAAAAAAUUUUUUGGCAAUAUUAAUGCAGUUGUUUAUACCGUUGAGUUUCAAAAACGUGGUUUGCCACAUGCGCAUAUUUGCUUAUUUAUGAAAGCUGAUCAUAAGCUUCCUACGGUUGAACACAUCGAUCCCUUUAUAUCAGCUGAAAUUCCUGAUAAGAAUGAGGAUCCUGAAUUGUAUUCUCUUGUGAGUGACUUUAUGAUUCAUGGUCCUUGUGGAUAUGCGAACAUGAAAUGUCCAUGCAUGGUUGGCAACCGUUGUUCAAAGAAUUUUCCGAAGAGGUUUUUGGAUUCCACUUCCAUUGAUUCUGAUGGUUUUCCAGUUUAUAGGAGAAGAGAUUCUGGUCACACAGUUGUCAAGAAGGGCGUUACUUUAGACAAUAGGAGUGUAGUUCCGUACAACAAAAACCUACUCAAAAGAUAUCAGGCACAUAUUAACGUGGAAUGGUGCAAUCAGGCUGGCUCAAUAAAGUAUUUGUUUAAAUACAUUAAUAAAGGACCUGAUCGAGCCACUGUUGCUGUUUUUGAUUCAGACAGAGGCCCCGAUGAGGAAAUUCCAAAAGAUGAAAUUAAAGAGUACUACGAAGCUAGAUAUGUUUCCGCAUGUGAAGCCAGCUGGAGAAUAUUUGGCAAUGAUGUUCAUUAUCGGUAUCCAUCUGUUAUGAGGUUACCAUUUCAUCUUCCAGGACAACAAAAUGUUGUUUUUAGUUGUGACGAUGAUAUUGAGGAUGUCCUAAACAAACCUCAAGUAAAUUCCUCUAUUUUCUUGGAAUGGAUGAAGAUGAACAAUUCUAAGCCUGAAGCAAGACAACUUACUUAUGUUGAGUUUCCCACAAAAUAUGUGUGGAAGUUAAAAGAUCGUUGCUGGCAGCAACGCCAAAAUUAUGUUGUUAUUGGAAGAAUUUAUUCUGCGUCUCCAUCUCUUGGUGAGGCUUAUUACCUACGAAUUCUUCUUACUAAGGUUAAAGGCCCACGAUCAUUUGAAGAAAUAAGAACAUAUGAUGGUGUUGUUUAUCCUACAUUUCGGGAUGCGUGUUAUGCACGUGGCCUGUUAGAUGAUGACAAUGAAUAUAUCGAGUGUAUUAAAGAAUCCAGUUUCACAGGAAACGGUCAUUAUCUUCGUUCUUUGUUUGCAACACUUCUAUUGUCUAAUACGCUAUCUAGACCUGAAGUUGUUUGGGAGAAAACGUGGGAGCUAUUGUCCGAGGACAUUUUAUACAAUAUGCGGAAGGAUUCUGGCAUGAGCGAUUUCGUUGUUUCUGAGGAACGUUUAAAGAAUAUUACGUUGUCGAAAAUCGAAAAAUUCCUUCUUCGUAAUGGAUCCAGCUUGCACAGGUUUUCACCAAUGCCUUAUCCUGAUGAUGACUAUCUGAUGUCGGAGAGCAACCGUUUGAUAAAUGAGGAGCUUUCUUUUGACAUUGAUGAAGUUACGGCUGAGUUCAAUAAUCUUCACAGCUGUCUAAACGGCGAUCAAAGAGCCGUGUAUAAUGAAAUUAUGGAUGCUGUUCGGAUUGGUAAGGGUGGUGUGUUUUUUGUGUACGGUUAUGGUGGUACGGGCAAGACUUUUCUGUGGAAAACUUUAGGUGCUUCUAUUAGAUGCAAUGGACAGAUUGUUAUUAAUGUUGCUUCAAGUGGUAUUGCAUCUUUGUUGUUAUCACGCGGUCGUACCGCUCACUCGCGAUUUCAUAUUCCAAUUAAUCUCAAUGAAGAUUCGGUAUGCCAUAUAAAGCCUAAUACUGAAAUCGCGAAUCUUUUAUAUGAAGCAAAGUUGAUUAUUUGGGACGAGGCACCGAUGAUACACAAACAUGCUUUCGAGGCUCUUGAUCGUACAUUGAAGGAUGUUUUGAGUGUUUUUGAUUCACAAAAUUCAGAACUUCCAUUUGGUGGGAAAACUAUUGUAUUUGGUGGUGACUUUAGACAAAUCCUACCAGUUGUACAAAAUGGAAGCAGGCAAGAUAUCGUAAACGCCUCAUUAUGUUCAUCCCACAUCUGGUCCACUUGCAAGGUGUUGAAUUUGACAAUCAACAUGCGUUUGUCGGUUGGAUCAAGUAGCUCAAACGUUAUGGAGAUAAACGAAUUUGGUAAAUGGCUUCUUGACAUCGGCGAAGGUAAUGUUGGUGAUUCUAUCGACGGUGAUGGAACGAUUGAAAUACCUGCUCAUCUCUUAAUAACUGAUGAGAAUGAUCCAAUUCAAGGUUUGAUUGACUUUGUAUAUCCUUCAGUUCUUCAUCGUUAUAAAGAGCGUGACUACUUUUCUGAGAGAGCUAUACUCGCUCCUAAGAAUGAAGUUGUUCAUGAUAUAAAUGACCGUUUGCUUGAUUUGUUUCCCGGUGAAGAAGUAGAGUAUCUUAGCUCUGAUAGUUUAUGUCCGACUGAGGAAAUCAACGAGCCGUUACAUCAAGAUUUGUAUAAUCCAGAUGUGUUAAAUAGUGUAAAAGUAUCAGGGUUACCAAAUCAUAGAUUGGUAUUAAAAUUGGGUGUUCCGGUUAUGCUUUUGAGGAAUAUUGAUCAGCAAAACGGUUUGUGCAAUGGUACGCGUCUUCAAAUCACACGUCUUGGUAAACGUGUUAUUGAAGCAGAGAUAUUAUCAGGAAGUAAUGUUGGAUCAAGAACUUUCAUCCCAAGAAUCAGCAUGAUACCAUCUGACAAGAAAAUACCGUUCAAAUUUCAAAGAAGGCAAUUUCCAAUAACCGUAUGUUUUGCGAUGACUAUUAACAAAAGUCAAGGACAAUCUCUAUCUAGAGUUGGUAUAUACCUCAGAGACCCCGUGUUCUCACAUGGUCAGCUUUAUGUUGCGUUGUCCAGGGUAAAGACUAAGGAUGGCGUUAAGGUUUUAAUAUUCGACAAAAAUGGGAGGCCAACAAAUAAAACUGCAAACGUUGUUUACAAAGAAAUAUUUGGGAAAUUGUAG